AUUUAGAGAGUCCCGUUCCAAUCAGAUGUCUAUGGUUCCAAUAGGCCUAUCUCACAACUUCCUGGUUCGGCGUUCGAUUUUGCCUUCACCGGGUAAAGUGACUUCCGGUCGCGUAGUCCAUGAUAUUUGACAAUGGCGCAGUCAAAAAACAAGAGCUUCUGUUGUGUACCUCUAUGCGCCAAUUCCAAACAAAAACAACCGUAUUUGCAUUUCCACGACUUCCCAACUAAUACAGACCAAAGACAGCAGUGGGUCAGGGCGAUCAGACGGGAUGAAGGAGUUAAUUUCGUGAUUCAGAAGGGGAGUACACUGGUCUGUAGUCGGCAUUUCUCAGCGGCUGAUUAUACCGACGGGAGUGCUAGGCUGAAUACUGGAGCUGUUCCCAGUCGUUUUGACUGGAACAGCUACACCACAGCCCUGAAGAAAACAGAUGUGUAUAAACGGGUGUCAGCUCGAAAAGCUGAAGGAGAGGACAAAGCCCAAACGGAACGGAGAGGUACCGGAGAACAUGACUACGCGACACGACCACUUGCCGAAGACUGCGAUGCCUUUGUAGACCGCAGCACGCAGCGCGGCGCCACCUCGGAGAGUCUGGGUGUGGACGCCCCUGGCUCCUCCCACAUUUCAAGUCACACUGAGGAAAUGAAGAUCCUGUGCGUCCACGGAAAAGGGGAGGGCCCUCUGGCGACAGACGUCCAUGACACCCUCUUCACCGCGUCAGAAGUGGAGGCCCUGAACUCGCUGUCUGCGGACCACAGCGCGGCCAAGAGCCUGGAGCGCGGCGAG